AUCCAUACAAAAGCAAUAAUGUCUCAAGAAAAAUGGAGGCUUUGACUGCCCAUUGGAUCAGUCGUCUCAGGGCACUAUUUUUAGAGCCCAGCCUGAUACAUCUGACACGUCAUGAAACACCCUGCCGAUCCAUGUCAUCACCACUGGAUGUCGAUGAAACAUCAUCUCCACGAUGACCUCCGCUCGGGCGUCCAACCCCUCAUGUUGCUACGGUCCUCGAUCUGCGAGAUCUAGUGACCUGAUCGAAUCUGGGGUGUGGAAUGUUGCAAAACAGCCACCGUGUUUUGUCCCUCGUAUUAGGCAGCAGCCCUACUCUACUUUAAAUAUAUAUCAUCCUCUCAAAUAGAACAUUGGAAUUGACAGUGUUCCUCCUGUUGUCCCCCUUGUACAGCAAAACCAUGGACAAAAGCCUGAUGUACCUCCCACCAGAGCUCCACAUGCACAUCGCAUCGUAUCUCUCCUACCCCGACGCGCUAGCCCUCAAGCACACCUGCCGCCAUUUCUACAGCCUCGUCUACACAGGCGUGCACCUCAAGGUCGACUGGCUAGUCGAGCGCUUCGAGCGCAAGCUGGAGUGUCCCAUGGAGAAGUGCUCUUUCCGCACGGACGAGGCCUUCUGCAACCGGCGCAUCCGGCGCAUCAUGGAGCGGCGGCGGCGACAUUUCGAGUGCUCGCGGUAUCGGGGUGGGUGUUUGGUGGUUGAGGGGAGGACGUGUCAGAUGGAUUUGGUGCCGACUUGGUUGAAGAGGCAGGGGCGGAUGAAGGUGGUGAAGGAUGUUGGGAAUGAGGUUUUGGUGCAUGGGGUGUUGUUCCUGUGUAUCAGCUUUUUGUGGAGCUUUGGGGCGAGAUUGUUCUCGUCAUGACUGGUUGUCUCCAGAAUCACUUAGGACGCCCAUGGUGAUCAUUACUAUCGGCAUAACUACGGCAUGCCCUAAUCACAUCCCGAACGCCAGCAUCAGCAUGCCAACUUCUCGCCACGCUCUACUCCGUUCUCUCUCAUCUCUCAUCUUUCUGCAUCGCGUGCCCGUUCUUAGGUGAAUGAGCUCUCGUCGUGCGAGUUGUCGCAAAGACAAAGUGCGCUGCGACAUCGCUACCCCUGUGGCCGGGCCAAAACGCAGACUCGACAGCUGCUGUAUCGCCGAGACCCAUGGACUUCGAGACCCACGAACUUGAAUGCGAAUUGUUUUCAGAUAAAGGAGAUUUUCCUCAUCACUAAGCCCACCUCUGGUUACACCGACAAAACUUGAUCUCCUGCUGGAGAGCUCGCUAUUCCUUGGUAGCCACCUAAGAGGCCAAAGACACUAUUCGUGGGAUCCCUGGGCCAUCAUCUUCGUUGCUUCCUAAAGUCGCCUGGGCUUACUAUGGGGUCGGAGUCUCGCCUGCGUUAGAGCAAACUGAUUCCAUCAUCUUCCUCAUAAUCGGGGCACGGGGUCAUCAGGAUAAACCAUCCAAUGUAUUAACA